AUGUCGUGUGACCAGUAUUACCUGACGACUCCUCAGUACAUUGGGACGAACACUCGCGUCACCACGUCAUUCUCGACUGAGCCAAUCCCGGGAGACGCAGAUUACUGCAUGAGCUUCCAAUUGCAUCACACAGGAUUACUGCCGCCGACAAUCAGCAUCCAACAACGGGGAGGCGGUGGGAGUGAACAGCUGAUCGAAAUUUUCCAUCAAGUGGCCCCACAAGCUGAUGAAUGGAUUGAUAUUUUCCGGACAUUGGCCGCGGAAAACUUUCAAAAACCUUUUGUGAUCGAUGUGCUUGCAAUGAUUACCAAUACUUCUGACGGUGAUGUCUCGAUUGAUAACUUUCAGAUCGCUCUUGGAGCCUGCCAGGAGCCUACAGAUGCUUGUCAUUUCUACGAAGGCUUUUGUGGCUUCACCCAAGAUAAAGAUGACGACAUUGACUGGCACUGGCAUGACGGCACGGGGUAUGAGGACAUCUUUGCUCCUUUCGAGUCUAUUCGACACGACUCUUACAUCUACGUUGACACCAAAGCCCCACACGACUCGGUAGCUCGGCUGCUAAGUCCUCACUUUGAGCUGCAGCAGCAGCGGUGUCUGUCCUUCGACGUGCACCUACAUGGGCUGUCGGCUGCUCCAGGCAUCAUACAAGUGUGGCGCGAAGACAUCGGUGGUAUACAACCUCAGCUCAUUAAAGUCGUGGAUGGUGACCAAGGACUAGAGUGGAGACACAUUUAUGUGCCACUCAUGAAAGGAGGUACCACUCGGUUCAUAUAUGAAGGAAUACUUGGACCAAAGGAGGAACUCUAUUCCUCCAUGGGACUGGACGAGAUCCGUCUCAGUGAUGGGGCUUGUCCAGACGAUCUGUCAUGCAGCUCAGAGCAUCACCCGUGUGGGUGGUACGGCGAGCCCCAGGUCAACGGUUCCCUCUGGCAGAAAGCUUCGGGAAAACAAGUGUCGCUAUGGACACGACCAAUCGUGGACCACACCCUGCAGAGCUCCUGGCUCGUGAUGCUCGUGGAAACAUCCUUCAAUUCGUUCGGUGACAUUUCGGUGGAUGAUUUCCUCCUAAACCCCGGCGAUUGUGACAGAACAGCUCACGCAAAUAAUUAUCAGCUGCCAACUGGAGAUUUGUCGUGCAACUUUGACAACAACACGUUUUGUGCAUGGACGGCUAAACCUGUUACGAUGGACUUUUUCUGGAAACUUGGUAAUUCAGCGUCAGUGAAGCACCAAGUUCCUGAUAAGGAUUACAGCGAAACCGGAACCGGCCUGUAUGCGUACGCCGACAUCUACGAAAGCAUUUCACCUAACAGUCGGACACAACUAGUAGCGACUCUCACGUCAGUCACUGACUCCUGCCUCACCUUCCACUACUACCUCGAGGGCGACCACGAGCUCGUUGUUACGCGGGUGUUGAACGAUCGGGGAGAAGAUCUCUGGCGCAGAGGCUCGCCAGAGCCGAACUGGAUCUUCGGUCAAGUUAACUUGGAUGCAUCAUCAGAAACAUCAACAAUUAUGUUCGAAGCGAUUCAUGGUAGAGCUGCCUUAGGAGCAAUUGCUCUGGACAACAUUGCCGUAGAAGAUGGAUAUUGUGCUGAGAGAGAAAAUUGGUGCGACUUCGAGUCGAGUGAAGCGUGCGGCUGGACGUUGGCUGGCGUGGGCUCUGAGGAUAUAAUUGUGUGGGAGCGACUGAAGGAUGCUAUGGAGGAUCACACGUACCAGACGCGCUUCGGUUACGUCUUGGCUGUGAACAACAAAAACGGAUCUACUAACAAAACGGCUCUAGCAAAAUCAUCCUCAAUUUCGCCUUAUGGUUGGAGCUGUGUAAGAUGGUGGUACAUCGCGAAGCCCGAGACCACAUCGCUGCUGACGGUCUCCUUCAUCCCAGUUGACGACAAUGGGACGGAGCUUAGAGAGAACGCAGAGCUGUUGUGGUCAUCGAUGGUCACUGCUACAGAGUGGAGUAAGGGGAUGAUAUCAAUGACCGCUUUCCGAUAUCAUCUUUUGUUCGGGGCAUCAUUUUUCUCAACAUCUGAGGCCAUUGGUAUCGCCAUCGAUGAUGUUUAUGUCGACAAUGGUUACUGUGGACUUCCAGGAGACUGCGCGUUCACGGGGAGUAGUUUGUGCGGCUGGGAGGUGCAUGACGAGAGCUCCAGCUAUUGGCUCAUCCAACACGGCGACGACCACACAUUUGGUGACGACUACUACUUGAGACUUGCUGGCAAGGAAUCCUCCGUAACGAGUCCUGUCAUUAGCGAGGACGUGUACAGCAACGCUUGUCUGACCUUCUGGUAUCGCAUGGAGCAGGCGUCAACCAUCGAGUGGUUCUUGCAACUGGUCGGCGACACCGAGAAGAAGCCUGUAUGGGUUGAUACGGACGAAAUGGGCACGCGAGGAUGGAGGUUCGGGCGCACUCACCUUCAUCUGAACGAGUCGGACUGGGGGGCGCGGCUUGUGCUGCGCGGCACCACAGAGGCUUACUGGGAGGACUCCGUCGUGGGAGUGGAUGAUAUCCAGCUUUUCGUUGGCGAGUGUUCCACGGUGCCCCUCAUCGCCGACCCGAGUUUGCCUACGGAAUCAACGACGCCGGAAACCACAGCGAUGACUGAAUCGACUUCACCUCCACUCACCCAGUACGACUGCGACUUCGAGGACUUCAAGAAACCUUACUGCGACUGGUACAACGCUCAGGGCGAGACAUGUUCAUGGUCUACGACAGGAGCUCCGAUGCUCACGUCUCCUCCUGGUCCGUCCGUUGAUCACACUCUAGGAUCAGAUGGUAUAGGGCACUUUGCGUUCGUCCAGAGCCCGGAUGAAUAUGGCACUUCAGAAUGUGUAUUGUACGAAAAUGUACCGGCCGGUGCCGUGUGUUUUUCGUUCUGGUAUUACAUGUACGGCCCGAGCGUCCAGAAUUUGACAGCAACCUUCGGUACAAGCUAUGACCACAGGGAGCCGCCCGUAUUUUCCCGGUCUGGUUCACAGGGAGAAUUCUGGCAUCCCACUCGUUUCACGUUGCACCUAAAUGAGUCAUCAGUGAUGCUGAUAACGCAGAAGACUAAUGACUCCUACGGAGUGGUCGCAGUGGAUGACUUGAGAGUGAAGCUAGAACCUUGUUCGUAUAAUGAUACCAAUCCCUACGAGCUUCAUGACUUCGAACAAAAUGGUUCCGGGUUUUUAGUUGUAGCAGACAGUGUUCUGAACUGGACCUUAGGCAGCACAGGAACAAAAAUUGAUCACACGCUGGGCACAAUUGAUGGACACUUCGCUCUGUGGUACACCGACAACUCAGAGCAUGCGAUAUCUGGAGCAAUUGUUUCACCAAUUUAUCAGUCGAACAGCGAGGGAUCGCAUUGCAUGCAUUUCUACUACAUCCUGGACACCUCUUCCUCCAAUGCGUCAUUGACAGGCUCGUGUAUCCUAUCAGAAACCGGUUCAAAUGAAGAAACAAUUUUCAGCAAUAAAAUAAGUCAAGGACCAAAUUGGAUCUACCAAGAAGCCACAAUUCACAGCGGAUGCAGUCUGCAGGUAAAAUUGGAAGCAAGAGAUGACUACAGCCCCAGUACCACCAUGGCCAUCGACGAUAUUUAUUUCACCGAUGGAGUUUGUCGCGACACAUAUUCAUGCGACUUCGAACACGACAUGUGCUUCUGGGAGAACGUAUACCCGUCCCAGAUGAGGGAAGAACAAAUGCAGUGGCUGAUAGCAAGUCCCGAAGACGCUGAUUUUAUCGGGCCAUCCAUUGACACCACUUUCAAGUCUGCAGAAGGUAUCAAUAAUAAUGUCGAAGUUAUGAUGAAAACCAAAUUCUGUUGA